AUGCCCCCUUACAGUAACACAAGGAAACUCACACAUAGAAAACUUAAGGUGAGUAUGCUGUUUUCUGUUUAAGAAAACCUAUAUAAUUAAGAGCGAUUCAUUUGCUGCACCAAGAAAAAACUUCAGCUUUCAGAUUACUGUUUUGAAAAGGAAGACAAAUUCAAAUCCGUUUACUCUGUUUCUUUGUGUUCAAUGUUCAAAUAAAACAAAGAAAGAGCCAAGCCACUCAAAAAGGCGUAGGAAAAACUAAACUUAAUUUCCGCUAUCACUCUUGCAGCUAAUGACGAAACGAUUGACGAUAUAGAACUUUGCACCUAGUCAUAGAGGUCUUCGAACUCUGUUUGAUCCGUUGUUUGUCUGAUAAGAGGCUCAAAAUCAAUCAGUUAGCGCCCAUAAUUAUUUAGCGCCAUGUUUCUUGAGCAAAAAAAGAGAAAGUUGAUAUUCUUCAAAAAAACAAGAGCAGAUCCAAGAAUAUUUUUAAGGGAGGUGGCCCACCUCCCCUUAAAAUAUUCCUGGAUCUGCUCCUAUGGACCUCAGAGCUCCUAGAUUUGUCUCAGUAAAAAGAGCAGAUUUUGUUUUUCAUGUCAGAGCCUAAAUAAGGUGAGAAAUAUUCAAGACAAGUACUAUUUUCAUAACUCUUAUUAAGUGGCAGUAAACCACCUGUCGUUGCAAGAGUUUUGGUGUCCGACAAGUAGUAAAAAAGCACAAGUUGCCGGUGCUAUCACUGUAAAACACUUAAUAAAGCUUGGUUUGAAACCUUUCUACAGGUUAUAAUCCCUGUUCUUUGGAUUUCUGUUUUGAUUUUAAACACACCUCUCUUUUUGACGUCUUACUUCGAUAAAGAAAACGAGUUUUGUACGGAGCAAUGGCCCGAGGAAUGGAUGCCCAAGGCUUUUAGUGUAGCUUGGUUUGUGCUGCUUGGAGCUCUGCCGAUGUUGAUCAUGAUAGGCCUGUACUCUAAAGUUGUCUAUUCUCUGUGGAUCAAAGACGAUGAUCGUGUUAGUGGAACUCAAAAGGUAACUAAAAUACAUCGCAUUGUACUAAUACCGUAUCAAGCAUUUCUCCAAAUGUCAUUACUCAAAGCAGGUCUGUGAGUGAAGUUACUUGAACAAAAUGUUUUUUUUUCUGUUUUUCCGACGAACUAGAUUCAAUAGACCAAGGUCAUAAGAUUUUUAAAUCAAGUGCUAUUUAAAAAUUGGCCCUGCUUACUUGAUGAGGGAAGAUAAAGGAAAAACACGAGUACUUCGCGAAAAGUUGCGGAGCAAGUAAUCUUCCCAGAAGCUCCUCAAAGUGAAACUGGAUCCUAUUGUCAAAAUCAAAGCAUCAAUUGAAUUUGAAAUGAUGUUUUGCAAUUUUUUGCUUUAGGGUGUCAUGAGAGUGCGUAAGCACGUCACAAAAAUGGUUGUUGCAGUUAGCAUCAUUUACGGACUCUGUUGGACUCCAGACCUCGUCAUCUAUGCCAUGAUACACUUCGGCUCCAAGCAUAGCCUUGGUGACGCAGCUGAUGUCAUUUCCAUUGUUUUAGUGGUGUGUAACUCAACGGUUAAUCCCUUUAUUUACGCCUAUGUGAACAGUCGCUUCAGGAAGCAUAUUAAGGCUUUGUUGAGUUGCCAUGGUAGUGGUGCUGACAGAAACAGAGUUCAUGCCAUGGGAAGAGGCAACGAUACCUCGAGAAAAAAUUCAGGGAUUAAUGCUUCGACCAUUCAGGGAGAUAUUCAGCCUCUGAGCCGACACGGAGUUACUCUUAAAAUUAUCCGAGAUUCUGUGGAACCAGGAGAUCCGGAAUAAGAUUACACGCCAUGGAACCAGGAUAAACCUACAAUAAAACACUGAAUCAAGUCCAUGUCCAGUAACACAGACCUAGUUAACAGCUAAAACUAGUCUUCCGUUCACCUGCACGUCUAACCCGGAAAAAACGAACGCUAUCACUUGUGUCGAUGUUUUUUUUCAAAAACGAUUUUGUAUUUAAGUCUCUUUUACACCUUGUGCUCUCCUAAAAUACGCCACCUGUAUGGAACUUAUGAAAAGCACGUUUUUACUCGGUUAAGGUCAUUAGAUUCUCAAGGUAAACCAAAUAUAUCAAAUAAAUAAAACGAUUAUAAGACUGAAUAAAUAAACAACAUAAUAAAAAACAGUUUUGCUUUACAACGUAUUCAUGUAAAAUCGGUUGGGAGGGUUUAGAUGAAGCGAAUACUGAGUUAGAAACUGCGGUGGGAGAAAAGUGCGAGUAGCCUGAAUGUAAAGAACGAAGGCAUACUUGUGAGACGAUUACAAACGACUCCUGACGUUGGAAGUGCGCGACUAAAGAAUCCCCAAAAUGAGGUGCGAUUCACAAAAACAUGCGCCAAGGUUCUUUGGUCUGUUUAGAACUGACAGCUCGUUUCUUGUGAUAAAUGUGCUUGACUGAUAAUUUUGGCAGAGAAGAAUCCAUCUCAAUUUUUACAGGAUGUGGAUUAUCUAAUUUUCUUUGACACAUGAAGAUUGCCAUUAGACUGAUAGUACCAAGUUUACCGUUUACCGGCGGUCAGAUAAGAAGCAGGGGUAUUUUUUGUAUGAAUUUGACUUACAGACCAACUCGCAACAGGUUGGAAAAAUGACUCAUCAAAAUUAUUUAAAGAAAAUUAUUUUGUUAUUAUAUACUGUUAGACCGUUCAGCUAGAUUUUAAAAUUCCAACUAGACGCUAAUUUUGCAAUAUAAAAAUCCAGAGAUGCCAUUCUAGUAUUUGAAAUUCUGAAUAAAAACAUUCUGAGUCAAUUAAACCCCUGGCACUGCAUUUUCUUGAAAGCAAAGAGUUUGCCAUUAAAAAUUAUAUUAAAUACUAUCAGGUCUACAUAAAAGAGUAGAGAUAUAUCAACGCAAUUCUCAUUGGUCAAGAGAUUUCGUGUAUUGAGAUUAUAAUUUUCCAUGGCGUCAUUGUGAAAAGGUUUUACGCUGACAAUCGCUAUAUUUACAGCUUGUUGAAGUGCGUAGCUAUUAAAUCAAUUAUUUCCAAUCUUCCGAGAUACGCGACGUUGUCAUAAAUGUAUUGAAUUCGUAAAUCCUGAGUAAGGACCUACUUGGACGAUAAGGUAAAGUGCAAUUCAAAGUUACAUUUUAUGUUUGUGGUAUAUUUUGGACGUCUGUUUACAAUCAAGUCUUUAAACCAUAAGUAACGGUUUGUUCCUACAAAUUGAAGUACGUAGAUUGCAAAUUGUAAUUACAAUUUUUCUUUUUGGAACUUAACAUCCAAAAGCAUGAAUUUUAUGCCCGUAGGACAAUGACGUUUUGGUGAAAAUUGCAGCGGCAAAGAGAAGAAAAAUCCAUCAUGUUGACCGAUUCAGCCCAGACCGUGAUCGCUUUGAUGUUUUCUGAGCUGGUAAUCACAGAUAUCGUGGGAAAAACUCUGGUUUGUGUUGUUCUGAUUAAAAACCAAGAAAUGAAAUGAGUCAGUAAGGAGGAGUUUGAGCUUCUUUUCUCUCCUUCGAACUUACAGCAAUUUUCUUUGAAAUGCAUUUCUUUGCGAUCAAUCGAACAUCUUAGAGACCAAGCUGUGUUUUAUUACCCUGGGUAGAUCCUGUUACAUGUGUUUUAGACGAUUGAAGCAGCGAACGAGAAAGAAAAAACGCUUCAAACAACUUCUGUUUGUAUAUUAUUGAUAACUUACAAGUAUAUUUUUCUCGAGUUAAACAUAAAAGCCGUCUUCUCAGCUUGUUUGUUUCAUCUCUUUAUUGCUAUCAAGUCUCGAAGAAGGGAAUCACUAUUAGAGGAAGUGCUGAUAUCCAAUAUACGUUUAUCUUGAUUAUAAAUUACCUCUGAAGGAUCGAAUAUAUAUCAGAAUUGUAAGAGAGGCAUUAGUUCUAAGCGCUGUUAAAACCAACUGCAAAACAGUUUCUAUAUCUGUUUGAAAAGAUGGAAGAUAUGUUAGGUUCCGUUGUUUUAUUUUGGGAUUUGAAAAUAUAAUUUGUGACAUGUGAAAUUAAGAGACAGAGAUGAAUUUGAAACUUUAAAGUAAGAUAAAGAAUCUCUUUUAUUUCUAGAACACCUAUAGUCUAUUUGCUGGUCAAUUUGACCUUUGGUAAAGUUUAAGAGUAAAAUUUACUUUUAAAAACAGCUGGCAAACGACUUUCUUUUUAAUAAAAUAUGUGUUUAUUGUUCAUCGUGGUGCAGGAUAGUAGAUAAACUUUAUUCGUUUGUCUCACGAUGGAGUCACUUUGGAUGUUGAUCGCGACGUUUCGACUGCAAUACUGUGCGUCUUCAUAGCCAAUAUCCUGUCCCCCUUGACAGGCAAGUCAGACUACUCAGUUAUUAACUCUAUGCACUUCGUGUCAACUAUCAGUCAUGAGAAAGUACACGAUAACGGGCUCAUGGUACCUUUUGACGUGGAAUCUUUGUUUAAAAAUGCACUAUCGAGGGUGCAGUUCAACCUGCAUUGCGAGAAGUAGAGAACGACGACGAUCUUGCUCACCGUACAAACUUAACACCCACACAAAUUGCCCACCAUUUGAAUUUCGUCUGAAGAUCGACAUAUUUCCAAUACAACGGGUCGAUUUAUGAACAGCAAGACGGAACAGCUAUGGGAAGCCCUGCUUUUUUCCGCAGUUAUAGCUAACAUGGAAGAAUUUGAGGAACAGGCGAUAACAAAUGCGACUUGCAAACCUAAGAUCUGGAAACGAUAUGUAGAUGACACUUUCCCAGUGUUAGACCGGGACCAUGUCGACGACUUUUUACAACAUCUAAACUGUCAACAGUCUACUAUUCGUUUUACCAUGGAAACCGAGAGAGAUAACACCAUUCCUUUUCUCGACAUAACAGUUACAAGGGACUCAGACGGUCUUGUCACUACUACUGUCUACAGAAAGCCCACCCACACUAACCAGUACCUAGCCUAUGAUUCACACCACCCUCAGUCAGUAAAGCGUGUUACUGUUAAGUGUCUAUAUGACCGUGCCAAACACCUCACAACGAAAGCGUCAGUUAUUUCUGAGAAAAAGAUACACUUGUCAUCUGUACUUGUUUCUAAUGGUUAUCCUUCUUCAUUUGUACGAAAACUCGUAAAGACAGCAAGGGUAACAGCCAGCAAAGAACCCGCGCAGGAAAAUGAAUCUAUUGCCGUUCUCCCUAACACAAAUGGUGUAUCAGAGGUUUUUCGCAGCUGCCCACAACAUCAAGGCAUAUGGACCGUUUUCAAGUCUGACACAACACUUAGGUCUGACUUAGUACGACCUAAAGACGCCCUGGUACCAACAAAUGGAGACGGUGCCGUUUAAAAGAUCCCAUGCGAAUGCGACAAAGUGUAUAUCGGUGAAACAGGGAGAUCAAUUCCCGUAGCUUGGAUACCCACGAUCAAACAACACAACAGCCGAUCAAUGAGGACCUAUGAGGGAACACCACUUGACAACCGGAAUAUUAAUGAGAAGAGAAGCUAACGGUCGAGACGUCUGCCUUUUAACUCAUUACGGUGGCCAAUUUACGUUUUCAAAUCAUUUGUUAACACUAAAUUACCUGCUAUACUCUCCCACUUCCUUUUUAGUCUAAAGGUUAUCGACCAAAACUGUUCAAAUUAACGAUAAAAGCCUGAAUCUUUGCCACAACACUUAUUACCAUGAGACUAACAUUUCCUGAUACAGGGCCGAUCCAAAUUAACUUCUGGAGACGAGAGCCAGGCAUGGCAGAAAUUGGCUAACAUGACAACAAGGCUAGGAAAAAAUAAUCCUCUUAAAAGACAUUGCUUGGGGAAAUUUGCGACAAAAGCUUUCAAACAUAACCACUGAGUCAUUUUCUAUCCAUUCGUAUUCAUCUUAUACCAUUACGUGACUAUUAAUCAAAGGUGCAAGCUGUUCUUGGCUGUAGCAUAUGCACAUCAACAGCUCCAUCAAGAAUAACUGCAUCAGCUACUGGUUGAGUUGCGAUCUGUGCUGAUGCGCUGGGCAAACACUUCACCAAGUCUGCCUUCUGUCCUCCUCUAAGCUGUCCAAGAUGCAAAAGUGAUGGCGGCCAUGGUUGGUUCUCAUACUUGAAGAAGUCUUUCAAGUUUCCAUCAUGAAUUGACACGCUAUUUCAUCGGCAGCGGCAGUCCACUGCAGGCGAUGUUGACUGAGAAACGGUUACGUGCUGCGGGAGCGUUGAUGCGCUACAAAUCCAGCGUGCAACGGUUGCAUUUAAGACCAUCAGUUGUUGGUGUGAGCCUCCUGUGGUGAGCUGCCUGAUAUUUCUUGAAACGAUCCUGUUCGACAGCGGCAAUGCUUUAAUGGACCAUUGACCAUCUAUCUGUCCAUUGCUUCUUCCUCCCUCAUUCUUCAUGUGUCUCUUCAAUGCAUCUUUGAAGCGCAGUUUUUUCCACCGCGUUUUCUCCCUCCAGAGCUGAAUUCUCCAUAAAACACAUAUUUGGGGAUUCUGUUGUCAGACAUACGACACACAUGACCGGUUGAUAGAGCAGUCCUGUUUUAGACACAUUUAUUUUCAUGCCAAAGUGGCGAGCGGCACAGGAGAGCCUGUCUGCAAUUUCUUGGAUGACAGUAGGAUUUGUUGCAACAAGGGCAGAAUCAUCGGCAAAGAAUAACUCCCUUACACAGAUUUCCCUUGUUUUAGCAGAAGCUCUGAGUCUGGCAAGGUUGAAAAGUUUACUUCUUGAGAGGUUGUAUAACAGGCUUGCUUCUCUCGACGAACCGCUGAUUGACAAUUAAACGAAUUGUGCUGUUCCUCACCGAUUUUUGUAACAUUGUGAACAGUUUUGACAACCUGGAUGCGUGAAUAGAAGGACACACAUGUCUCUGAACAUUCUGAAUGAAUGAAUAAAAGACAGUGUUCCAUCUUGAAAGCUGUACGAUUCCUCGGCCCUGAUGUUAAAACUUAAGCUUUGUGACCCAUGAGCGGGACUUCAGAGCCAUGUUGUUUCGUAUCGCUACAAUUGUUUUCUUAUAUUUCACACACCAUUCAUCAUUGAUAUUUGACCACAGGGUACCCAAAUAUUGUGAUAAAUAUCAAAGAUAGUCUCAUGAUGGGAUAAGAUGAAUACAAAUGGUUAGAAAAUGACUCAGGGGCUAUGUUGGAAAGCAUUUGUCAUUUAAGAGGAUUUUCAUUCUUAGCCAUGUUAGUGAAUUUCUGACAUGUGUGGUUCUCGUCUCCAGAAGUUUACUUGGAUUGGACCUAUAUGAAAAAAUGUUAGUCGUAGGGUCAUAAGUGUUGUAAAACGUUUCAUGCCUCUAUCAUUAAUAAUGAAAAAAUCACUCAAUUCUGAUUGGUUAGGAUAAAUGCAGUUUUCAGGUAAUUCAGUGCAGAAGAGGGUUAAUUCAGUGCAAAGAUGUAACAAACCAGACAUUCUGAUUGGUCAAUAAACAAAGAAACUCACAGAUAGCCAAUUGAGUGCGGGCAUUGGAUGUCGCAACAUUUGGAUGCGCUGAAAAUUUGCGAGCGAAACAAUGGCCGGCAUUUAAUUAGGUUUAUUUCGCUACCUCAACAACAAUACAGCAGCUGAAAAACAGCUCUAACAACGAAACCACUGUAAAAAGCAUUGCUCUUUGGUUUUCGGUUUGGAAAAAGUGGUGUUCAGAGAAGGGAAUUGCCAGUGAAAUCGAAAAUUACGAGCCGACCCAGCUUAACACUCUGUUCGAGCGAUACUACGCUGAAAUUAAAAACAAACAUGGUGAAACCGCGGAAACGAUGAUUCCAUUUCAUCGAAAGUGAUUCUGACGCAGACUGAACAAUUCCUUGUACUGUUUAGUCAGACUUUGAACUUUUUUGCGCCUUGAAGAUGUCAAAAUAUUAUUGUGUAUUAUUGUUUUGAUCGUACGCGGUUGUUUUGACCGAACGCACAAAGUCACUUGCAGGCUUUGAGUAAAUUAUUUUUGCAGUUGAUGCGCGCGCUUUGCUUCUGCAUAAUUAUGAUAAGCUAUCUCGCAUUUUUUCAUGUAUAUCAUUAAUACGUAAUCACGUGAUUUUUCUCGAGCAAUUUGGAAUUAAUAAGCACCUGUUGAAUUUUUUCACAAAAUGGCACUCGCCCUACUAGCUCGUACAAUUUUGUCAGUCUUUGAAAAAAUUUACUCGAGCUUAUUGAUUAAAAAUUGGACUCGAAAUCAUGUGAUUGCCUAUACUUAUUUGAACGGUUUAGUGUUUUUGGUUGAUAACAGCUGGACUGUUUAAAUGUCACGAGCAAUUUCCUCAGGAAAAUUCUAUUGGUAAGGCAUCAAGUUCCUGUCAUUCAAUGACGUCAAUGCGUGGGUAGUUCGUCAAUUCCUUAGAAAUGAAAACAUCCUGGAUUUCUCGAAUUCUUUGUCUUUAUUUUAGUAUGAUUUUAGCAAUUAAUAACCAUAAUAUGGUAAGUAGAAUAGUGGUUGGCGAAUUUGAACACAACUUGUGAAAUUGGGCUCCAACCGCCAACUACUGUACUACUAACGAAAACGUCAUUUCGACCUAUAAAAUACAAAGAGGACAAUGACGAGAGCAAUUUAGAAAAGUAUAAUAAAGUUCUUAAUUAACGAUCAUUUUCUUCAUUUUCUCAUGAAUACAGUCAGACUUAAUUCAUACGGUACUUAGCAAGAGGUACAGCGUUUUGUAAUGCACAGAAUAUACAUUCAUGCGAAGUCGCACACAUUUAAUCAUCGAGUCCAAAGAAACAGGUGUCUGCGUGGUAAAUAAAACACCCACAAUUACAAUUAUACAUCCCCCUGUUUUCAUUGUCGCCAAUUAACUUACUUCUUUCCGAUUGUGAUCCGGAUCGUCAAAGUAAAAUAAAACAACGCUGGCUUAAUGUUUAUUUUCCUUUCAGUCGAAAGUCAAAAGCUUGAAUCUGAUUAGCGCCAUUAACAUCUCCUUUGUUCAUGUUGACAUAACAAAAACCAUCGAUGAGUGUAUAUAGAUAAUUAAAAAAAAAAAACUUGAAUUGUGAGUAAAACUGCGGCAAGGCUCAACGUCUCAGUUUCUUAUCCUGGUUGUUCCUCGUGUCAUUACACGUAGGAAUGAGCAUUCUAGAUCUUUCUAGAACAUUAAUGUACGAUUUCCAUUGCAAAUGACAUCAAAACAAACACAACAGCGAAGAAAAAUUACUCUUUACUGAUACAGACAGUCUAACUUAUGAAAUCGAAAUCGAAGACGUUUAAAAAGACCUCUGGAGCGAUGAAAAUAAAUUCGACAGCGAAUAUCCAGAAUACUCAUGAUAUUUCGAUAAAACAAACAAGGAAGUAAUUAGUAAGUUCAAAGAUGAAGCUUCCAGCAUACCAAUAACAGAAUUCCCAUGCGUGGUUCUCGUCUCCAGAAGUUAUUUUGAAUCGGCCCCAUAUCAGAAAAUGUCAGUCUUAGGGUCAUAAGUGUUGUAGCAAAGUUUCAUGCUUUUAUCAUUAAUUUGAACGAAUUUUUUUUUUGGUCGAUGCCAGCUGGACUAUAUAAAUGCUACGAACAACUUCCUCAGGAAAGUCCCAUGGAUGAGUCAGCAAGUUCCUGUUUAUUCAAUGACGUUGUGCGUGAGUAGUUCGUCAAUUUCUGAGAAAUGAAAACAUCCUUGGGUUCUCGAAGUUCUAUGUCUUUAUUAUAGUAUAAUUUCAUCAAAUAAUAACCAUAAUAUGGUAAGUAGAAUAGUGGUUGGCGAGUUUGAGCACAAUUUGUGAAAUUGGGCUCCAACCGCCGACUACUGCACAACUAACGACAUUGAAUCUUCAAUGAAAUGCGUCAGAACAGCGUAAUCAGAUCUGGCUUUUACGCGUGCUGUAAAAAAAUAGGGCCAUUUCGUGAGCAAUUUAGAAAAGUACGAUAAUUUUAUUGAUUGACAAUCAUUUUUUCAUUUUCUCAUGAACACAGUUAGACUUAAUUCAUACGGUACUUAGCAAGAGGUACAGCAUUUUGCAAUUCACAGAGUAAUCAUACUUGCGAAGUCGCAAAAAUUUGUGCAUCUCUUUAGUACAAUCGCAAUUACAUACCCCUCGUUUUCAUUGUCGCCAAUUAACUCAUUUCUUUCCGGAUCACUAGAGGAAAAUAAAACAACGCUGGCUUGAUGAAUAUUUUCCUUUUAGUUGAAAGUCAAAAGCUUGAAUCUGAUUGGCGCCAUUGACAUCUCCUUUGUUCAUGUUGACAUGGAAAAACCAUCGAUGGGUGUAUAUAGACUUUUAAUUAAACCUCGAAACAUCAGGUACAACAUCUUUAUGGGGAUAAGCUGACAAUCUCUCUGAGCCUCUAAAACUUUAAGUAAUUCUCCGGAGACGUAAGGCGAUCAAGCAAUUUUACAAACAGUUUUUAAAUGGAAGUAUACAAUACUUCUUGCUCUGAUCAAGAUUUUCGUGAGUACCAGUUUAUACGCACAUCGCCUCGUCACUGGUACGUGCUCUUGUGCGUUGUGAAUGUGGUUUUUUCAAUUUCUGCAACUGUUGAAAAUUCGAUAAUUUUACUCGCCCUCUUCCAGUGCCGCACGAUUUCUUCGUCGUCCAAAGCUCUUUUUUACAGCUUAGCUCUGUCUGAUUUUGGAGUUGGUAUGGUCGCUCAACCGUUACAAGUUGUGACAGCUUUGGGGGCUCUCCACGGUAAUUUUGAAUUGUUUUGUUCGAUUCAGCCGUUUUAUGCUGUAGUGGCUUACUUCUUCUGUGCCGUGUCUUUUUCAACCACGACAGCAAUAAGCAUUGAAAGAUAUCUGGCGUUGAGACUCAGAAUACGAUACGGACUGAUUACAACCGUGAAAAAAGUCACUUUGGUUGUAGUACUUCUGUGGAUUUGCAGCUCUAUCUGGGCGGUCUCCCGAAUGUGGAAUAUUCGAAUCAAUAAAAUUAGUGCUAUUAUUCUUGGCUUUUCCUCCAUUGUCAUAACGUCUUCGUGCUAUUUUAGAAUAUAUCAAACUCUGAGGGCUUCAAAGACAAGAGUAACAAACGAGGCUGCCACAAGGCAACCUCGAAAGACUUUUAACAUGAUUCUGUACCGUAAAUCUGUAAACAGUAUGCUGACAGUUUUCGGAUUUCUUGUAGCAUGUUACACUCCUUAUUUCUGUGCCAUAGUUGGGGUAGCAUUGUUGGGAUAUAGCUCCCCAGUAGUGUUAUCAACAAAUCUAACAUCUUUUGUAAUUUUUCUUAAUUCUUCUAUAAAUCCUUUCGUCUACUGUUGGCGAAUUAGAGAAAUUCGUUCUAAAGUGAUGUUAAUGAUGAGGAAAUUGCCCGUACACUAAACAUUAGCCUGAAAAAGAAUUUUUCAGCCAGGGUAAUGAUCAAUUUUUCAUCUUGGGUGACAGCUUAUUCACUUCUCAGUUCUAAAACAGAAAAAAGGUAACAGCCCCAAAUGCAUUUAUUUGGCAAAGCUGAUUUUCUGGUAAAUUUUCAUACUGGAGAAUUCUUCGUAAUGUUUCAAUAUUCUCAGCCUAGCAAGGAAAGAUUUCAUAAUAAACACUUGACUUAAUGAACGUGUGCUAUUAUCUAUUUACUUGUAUUGCCGGUUAACACUUGUACUGCUUCAUUUGUCAAUAUUAUUUUCUGGCAGUUAAUUAGCAGGCCACGGUAGCAGUUUACGCGGUCGGAUUUAAUACAAUGCAUGGAUAACACUCAGCUCGAAAGAGCGUUUUAAGGCGAAAUUUAUAUUUUGCUACAGUGAAGGACAUUUUGUUCACAAUUUUCGCCUCUACCAGCAGUUGUAACGGAUAAAAAAGACAAUAGAACAUUUCGCAGUCUCUUCUCAAUAAAUCCAAUGUAUCGUACGUUCACUUUGAGAAGACUUCACCUAAGAUCUCUCUAAUUCACGUUUGUAUCCACUCUUGCGGCAGGCUUUCUAUAUUAAUGAUUAACUAGAGGGCAAUAAUGAAAAUAAGGAGGAUUUACAAUUUACAUCUCUAUUUUCAUCUCUGUUUCAUUCUGUAUCUGCUUUUUGUUUUGCUCACAAGUUUUCUGAAUUACAAGAAAAAAACUGAAUAACACAGACCAAGAGCUGGAGACAAACAAUAUGAAAUGGUAAUAAUGCAUAGAGGAUACUAUAACAUGUGAUAUGAUUAACAGCUAAAACUAGUCUUCCGUGCACCAGCACGUCUAAGCUAGAAAAAAACGAACGCUAUAACUUGUGUCGAUGCUUUGUUUCAAAAACGAUGUUAUCUUGAAGUCUCUUUUACAUCUUCCGCUCUCUUCAAAUACAGCCACCUGUAUCGAAUUUAUGAAAAGCACGUUUUUACUCGGCUAAGGUCGUUAUAGAUUCUCAAGGUAAACCAAACAUAUCAAAUAAUCAAAACGAUCAUAAAGCCGGAUAAAAAAACAACAAAGUAAAAACAAUUUUGCUUUACAACGCAUUCAUGUAAAAUUGGUUGGGAGAAUACUGAGAAUUGAGAAUACUGAGUUAGAAACUGCGGCGGGAGUAAAGUAAGUGUAGCCUGAAUGUAAAGAACGAAGGCAUACUUGUGAGAUGACUACAAACGACUACUGAAUUUGGAAGUACAAGAAUCCCUUAAACGAAAGUGCGAUUCACAAAAAAAUACGCUAAGGUCCUUCGGUUUAUUUAGAAUUGACAGUUCGACAAUUGACAAUUGUUUUCUUUGACACACAUCCAAGUCGAACUUGAAGUCAUAAAGCAAACUUUGAUCGUGUGAGUAAUCAUGUAGCAAAAGUAAUUUGUUUGCUCUGUAUCUAUUGGUUUCCUUUUUUAUGAAAUUUGAAAUCGUUUGACAUCUAAAUAAUACAGGCGCAAAAAGCCAAUCUACGGUAGGAUACAUAAGUAUCCCAAUGAACUGUCAUUAUUUGUACAUGUUACUAUGGCGCGUGAUGGAACAACACAGACCGUAGCUCAUAUCGUUGAAGUAUAUUCCAAGGUAAGUGCUUCAAAAUUGGAAGAUCUUAGAUCCUUGUGUUGCUGAGGUGAAGUCUUCAGCUACUUAUCAUCCAGCCUAUAAUUAUACUUAUGCUAUAACUUGGUGGUUUGCUCUUGGAGUUUUCCCAGCGUCAGUAAUGAUUAUACUAUCCUCCAGACAGAGUGGUGUACAGAUUGUGGAUCAAACGCCUAUCGAUCACACCAACUGGCAACAGGUUGGCAAAAUGAUGUAUCAAAAUUCUUUAAAGAGAAUUAUAUUGAAGGGGAACCUCCAUUUUAUUAAAAUCUGUCAUUUAUCUGCUUGCUUUUUUAAUUUGCCUAAAAUGAAAUGAAUUAAAGAAACUCAACGUUGCCCUCUGCUUACAUACUCUACUCACAUCCCUCCACUCACUUCCACAAUGCAUAAUUAACAUCUAAAGCGUAAAUAUAUUCCUAGCCAUGAUCCAAAGUAAGCACUAAUAUGACUUAUUAAGGUAGAUUUUACAUAAUUCCUUAGCGUUUGAGUCCAUCAAUAACCAAAAUGGAGAGUGUUUGUCUUAUAAUCCCUUUGCGAACACUCUGCAAAUACUACUAGGACUGAAUUUGACUGAUCUCUGUAUUUAGGGAGUGAUGAAAGUUCGCAAACGAGCGCUUUGAUGGUGAUCCUUGUCAGUAUUAUUUUCGGGGUCUAUUGGCUUUCAGACUCGAUCGUCUUCUUUGAGUCCCAGUCACUCCUUAGGCGAUGUAACAUAUGCCGCAGCGUCCAUAAUGACAAUGCUUUAUUCUGUCAUCAAUCCCCUUGUAUACGCUCCGGUCAACCAGAGAUUUAGGGAGAAGAUCAAAGGUACUAUCUCUUUCCCAUGCCGCCCAAAUAACAGGAUUUACGCUGAAACAGAGCCCCAGAAACUGGGCGGGACAAACAGUGUGACUAACCCGACACUGUAAUGUAUCCAUUGUAAUGUAUUGCAAGAAGAGUUAGAAUGCACCUUUGCUCAUGCGAUUUCCUAUACUUAUAUUAAGAGCCACGAAGCUAUCAGGUCUAUCACUGUCACGCGCGAUCCCUGUUAAAAUGAUCCACUGUAAUAUAUUGCAAGAAGAGUUAGAAUGCACCUUCGUUCAUGCGAUUACCUAUAUAAUUUUUUUUAAUUCUGUGAGGGCCACAGAGCCAUCAGGUCUAUCCUUGUCACGUACGAUCCUUGUUAAAUUAAGUCCACUGUAGUAAUUUAUAUUGCAAGAAGAGAUAUAAUGUACUUUCGCUCAUGCGAUUUCCUAUACCUAUAAUAUCAAGGGUAAAAUGGCUACCAGUCCAUCAAUGUCACGCACGAUCCCUGUUAAAAUGAAGUUCACUAUAACAUACUGCAAUAGAAUAACGUUUUAUUGAAAUUAGUAAGUUUUCCUUGGCAGCUGCACACGCUGUACUUGAUGCUGAAACUUCUUGAGAACCACCAAGUAAAGUGAAAACGUCACGACUUGAAGUGUUUUUGAGUAAUCCCUUGGCAGGUGUUUUUUUUUUUUUUAGGCAACGUACACUUCACGAAAAUUGAGCAAAUUCUCUUCGUGACUGUCAAGUUUCUUCUCGUCAAUGCAAUCUUUUUUAUUACGUUUCCUUCCCGAAAAUGAGAGAAAAGAAAAAUGAUAGGCCGAGAAAAAAAAAAAACAAACCAAAAGGUCGCGUACAAUAGUGAUGACAGCGUGGAGACCUCGUCAACUUCAGUGUUGAGAUGAGGAGGGGAGUGACAGGCACUCUGUUAAAUUUUUAAUGCCACCAAUAAGGUACAUGCAGCCAUAGAUAUUUGUUUCCGCCUCAUGAUGCCUCACCAGUACGGCAUGCAUAGCUAAAAUUAUAUCUGUUUUUGGUGCCUUGGAAUUAAUUAGCAGUCAAUCUAUCAGUGUAUCAUGAUACCUAUGUCAUGCAAAGGAAAAAAAAAACGAAAAGAAAAGCAAAGAGAAAAUAAAUACAUUUCCAUUAUUGCCAACUUGAGGAUAUCCUUGCGCAGUCUAAUUGUUCAUCAUAUUUAUACUUUUAUAACUAUCUACCGUCUUCGUCGGUUAUUGUCGUCUCAAAGCGCAAUUUGCGGUUGCAACUGAACAUUUUUAACACAUUGGCGCAUCGCCAAUAUAAUUAGGUUCGGUUCAUGUGUCAUUUUAAAACGUAAAUAUAUCAAUUAGACUGCACUGACAACUCAAACUAGAUGACUAGUUUGCCUGCGAAGAAAAUUAAUGAAGGUUAAUAUUACAAAUCUAUCCAUGGACAUUUCUUGCCAUUUUGAAAGGGAAGAAAAAGAAAAAAAUCGGCAUCAUAUGCUUUUGAAAAAAAUUUUUUGUUUAAAAUGAUUAGGAUCAGAAAUUUGUGAAGAAGGACCUGAAACCUCGUGAAGGAACAUGUCAAUUGCGGUAUUUAUAAAUUCAAACACCUGUCCUAACAUGGAAAGCCAAAAAAAAAAUUGGAACAGAGACUGUAUAGAUCAGUAAUAAUUUGCUUCUGAGCGAUUUCUAAUCAAAUCAGACGAUUCUAAUCAUUUUACAAAGCACUGAGUUACUAACAAAAAAAGAUAAAAAAAAAAAAUCCCAGAGCACGCACAACUAGCAUUGUUAAAUCGGAAAUUAGUUGUCACAAAUGUGUUGAUAUCCGAUUACAAAACAUAGUUUCUUAUUAUCUCUAGAACCCUCCUACUCAUCCUGAGGCGAAGACAAAAUUCAAAAAGUUAAUUCGGUUUAGUCGUGUAUAACUUUGCUAGUACAGAGGAAAGAAGACGACUGUCUACCUCAUAUGUUUCAAAUCGUAUUCCCCUGCUGAAUCAGUGUUAAUAAGGUGUUGUAACCUCUUUCUGAAUAUAGACUGAGACCUGCAAACUAGUCUGAAUACGUCGUUUAAUCGUAGGAGUUGAGGAAACUCUCUGCUUUUGCUGAAAAACAAAAGAAAAACCUGAGGUAAGGAUACUUAAAUGACAAUGCCCUUGCCUGGUGAAGAUAAAAACGCUGUAUUGUAAAAUUGAGGGACAUUGGCAUCCUCGUUUACAUAAGUGACGCACAAUAAUAUAAACUGAAAGUUUGCUGUUUGCCUUUCAAGCGAAAAUAUAUUAGCCGCUGUUGUAGAUGUGAUAUAUUUUUCCAUAUUUCUGUGAGAUCUUCAUGCAGAUUAGAAUGUAAGUCAUCGAGACCGGAUUAAGGUUUACAAAGUCUAAAGUUCGCUACCGUGGCAAACGUGAUUCUAUUCAGUGUCACGUGCCCGUACGCGUCUAAAAUCGACACCUUCGCAUGUGUUAAUUAGAGCCUAUGGUUUACUUUUUUUCGUCAUAUUAUGUUAAAUUCUCAUGGAUUUUAAUUAUUGAAAAACCAUGCUCCGACUUUCCUCUGGUUCGGUUUAGUGAUACGUGUUUGACAUUUAUUCUAUAAAGUUUUAUCGACAAUGCUCACGUAUCUAUGUUUAUCGCAGCAACUCCAUCGUUUCAUAUGAGAGAGUUCUAAAGGUACUUCUGGCUUAAAUUAAAUCGCACUAAGAGGUUGUGGGGAUGUUUAUUCGUUUUUAUGUUCUAAAAAGGUUUCUAAAGAAACUGGUGCUUCGGUGGGAGAAAUUAAAUCGCACUAAGAGGUUGUGGGGAUGUUUAUUCGUUUUUAUGUUACGCAUGUACCAUACGCUUAUGUUUUGUUAAAAUCUUCUCGCAUUUUCAUUGCUUAAUGUCAUUUUAUUGAAUUAUGUCUUAUUUUUUUUUUUAACCAGGUCUCCGAGAGGCAUGACUGAAUCAGCUAACAUUGCCAUAAGCACAGUACUCUUCACACUAAUUAUCGUAGACGUCGCGGGAAAUUCUAUUGUCUGCUUGAUCAUAAAGAGAAACCGAGACAUGAGGUUGUUAUGAAUACCAAUUUAUGAUGUUAGUGACAUUUUGCGAUAAUUUUUCAUUCGAUAAACACCCACUCGCCAAGGGUGGGACAUAAGUUUGUUGUUUAAGUGACAAAAAAAACGCAAUUAAUCGCUAACCAUAGAUAGAUAUCAAGUUCAUUCCCGGGCGAACGGAAAUACUAUUAUUUAAAAAUUCGCAAAAUUACAAAAGGUACCGUACACGCUAUUAACUGUAUUUUCUAUUAUCAUUUCUACAGAAAUAUCGUAAAUUAUCUACUCGUGAACUUGGCAGUUGGAGACAUAAUAUUCGCCAUAUUUAUUGCCCCCGCGGUUCUUCUCAGACUAAUUACUUCCUUCCACCCAGAAGGCAUGACUGCUACAGGUCUGUGCAAAUUUGUGACAAGCGGCAAUGUUGCGUGGAUUGGAGCGGUUUCCUCCAUUUUCAGUCUGGUUGCAAUUGCUAUUGAGCGGUAUUACGCUGUGAUGCAUCCCUUUAGUAACAGGAGAAAUUUUACUAAGCUUAAGUUCAAGGUGCGUAAAGGUUAAUGUUAUUGCACACUUAUCAAUAAAAAUAGAAUGAACCGCGUACACGUUCUUACAGCUUUGCUAAAGUCAUUAGUUAGAAUAACAAAAUACUUGUUUUAGAAUAUUAUAUUUAUACGUUCAUUUUUGAAUAUUCUACAAUAACUUGAAAAUGACCUCCAAGAAAUCGAAACUUCGUUCCUUUUAAUCGCCAAUUUUAAUUACAAAAUCUUCACCAAAGAAACUUCCUCUAACUAAAACUGGUUUAGAAAUCAAUGAUCAAAACGAAAAUUAAUGUAUUUAUGUUUUCAUGGUAUUUAACGGUUAAUUUAAUUUGGUUGACUACGUCUUCUCGCAGAGAUGAUCUUAAUCGUGCUCAUCAAAUAUAGUUUCAGGUGAUCGUCCUGGUUUCUUGGAUCUUCUCAGUUGCAUUCAAUACUCCCAUGUUUCUCAUUGCAACCUUCGACGACAAAAAGCAGUUCUGCGUAUGGAAUUGGCCACAGGAGUGGAUGUCAAAGGUUUAUAGCGUGGCUUGGUUGCUUGUGGUUGUCCUUCCUCUGAUUGUCAUGGCCGGGUUAUACUCCCGUGUUGCAAGAACUUUAUGGUUUAAGCACCACAGCAUUCACCUUUCUCGUGAACAGCGGGUGGGAGUAAAAAUAUAUGUUUCCAGAUCUUUCCCCUUGACUCAUUUCAACCUAUAAUACCAUUUCUUUUCUAUUGAUUAAUUUUACUUUAUUCCAUGAGUCUCUAAGAUAAUUUUCUAGCGGGAAGAAUAUCGUGGGAUAUUCAAGAGUAGAUUAGGAUAAUUCUGAUUGUCAUUCCCUCAAUUGCUUCUAAUAGAGCAAUUAAAGAAGCACAAGAACUGGGGGCAGUUUGAGCUACAGAAUUCAUGUCAGUUUCUUCAUCUUCUCCGAGGGUUAACGACAACGAACAAACACAAACCAUCUGUAUAAAUUAAAUCUUUCGUCAACUUAAACAGGGAGAUUAAUGAAGCAUGUGAGAAAGCCAAUGUUUCAGAAAUAUGGCUUCCAUGCAAGAGGGCAGAUUCUUCGAGUUCUAUUGGGUAGAUAAGAUUAUGCAAAUUGAUAAAUAGAGAAUCGUUGUUAAACUGGGUGAAGGCUAAGUAUGGUCAUUGAUAAUUACUUUGUUGGGUUACUCGUUUCGAGGAUCGCUGUGAAAAAUAAUGGAACAACUCACUGAUAAAAAUAAUUUUAUCAAGUGUUCUUCUUUUCUUUUCCUCUUAUCGUGAUCGAAAUGGAUAAUAACUUGUUACUGUUCAGAUCAAUCCUAAACAGAAUUUUUUAAAUUUCUUUUCUUUUCUCAGGGUGUUAUCCGAGUGCGGAAACGUGUCACUUUAAUGGUCAUGUCUGUCACUGCCAUUUUUGGGAUCUGCUAUGGAUUCAUGUCAGUUAUUUACGUUUUAAGGAAAUUUACAUCCUACAACAUUAGCCCUGUCUUAAUCUCCGUUUCUUUCAUAAUGGUGUUGUGCAACUCUGCUGUCAAUCCGUUUGUGUAUGCAUUGUUAAACAGUCAGUUCAGAGAGAAGACUAAAGAAAUGAUGUGCUUCUCCGACUGCUCAGGAAGCAAGGUCGAAGAGACCACAGAGUUUGCGUCUUUGGCAUGAUAGAGCUAUGGAGAUAUAGAGUUUAUCAUCUCCCUUUUCUUAACGUUCUUUCCAGGACCCUUAGAACAAUCCUUUUGCAACGGCUUUUGAGAUCACUCAUGUAGAACUCAAGUUCCCUGUCAGCUUUCUAGCGUUCUGGCUUGAAUAUUUAGUCUUCAACUGAAAUAAUACCGUCACUUGAAUAUUUGUUUUUCGUUUAAUUAUUGUUUUAAGCCAAUUUUGAAAUGGCAUGAAGGUUGAAUUAUGCGUUAUUCCUUUUGUGUUUCUCUUAUUCAGAACGUGUGGUAUGUAAAAACUUCAUUAAAUUACACCUCUUACAAUAACUUUCGUAAAUGUCGCGUUUUCAUCGAUCGAUAGUCAUCAUUAGUGUACACAAUUUCAGAAGAAAAUAACUUUACACAACUGUGCCAAAUAAGCUAAAGUAAAAAUUCAAGUGCGCCCCUCGGCUUUAGUCAUUCGUUGAAUCCAAGUAUCGUGGACGCAGAUAUCUUUGAUAUUAUUUCUUUAAAAGAACAAACAAUUCAUGAUCUAGUGCAGUUCGGUUUGCGCCUUUUGGUUUCAGUUUUACCUCUGGACAUCUUUGAAUUAAUAUCAAUGAUCGGUAGGAGAAGAGAAAAUCAUUAGAAAGCUGCAUUUGCCGACUGUGUUAAAAGAAAAAAACUGACAAACUUAAAAGCCCAGAUUUGGAGCAGGAAUCUAAGCGGCAACAAAAAUUAUAUCUUAGAUUGAAAUAAAUUGAAAUAUUAUCUUUAAGUAGUUCUUAGCCAGAAAAUUCCUCCGGUAAAAAGUUUUUGAAUGUCCUUUUUACACGGAAAGUCGUCUAUUUCGUUUUCAGUUCGAGCAUUUACGUAGGAUUUUUUUGUUUGAAAAAAUUUCGUUCUCGUCAUCAAAUGAUUCUUCUCUCUCCUUUUCUCUUAGAAUGCCAUGGCAAAACUAUAACUUCUUCUUAGGGGUCAUUUUACCCUUUCUUGAAAAAAAGAAAGACAAAUUAAAUAUUGCGUUUGUCACUUUUGGUGCCAGAAAGUUGGCCAGAAAUUCCUAUAUUAAUUUUUUUUACCAUGAAACGGAAAAAACCUGUAGCCUAUUAAUAUUCCAUGACUACAUUUCCUUAGUCUGGUAUUGGCACACUAUACCGUUCAAUUCCACUUCUUUUUCGAACCAAUUCAACGCCCGAGGAUUCAAAAAGCUAUCACGCCCACCCUGAGACAAGAUAGGCCCUGAAAACCCAAAGCCGCAAAAAAGGUAAGAUUGCACUGUAAAUUAUCCUCUCUCACACAGCUUGUGACAAAUUUAGCAAAAUUUCCUUUGCUUUAAUUUGUAUCAGUAUACAUAACGAACAUCUUAAAAGAAUUUCACGUUCUAUACGGUAUAGAAGGACGAUUCUUUGUUUACAGUAAUUGUAGGCUACACUGCCUGCUUCACGUAGAAGUUGUUAUGAUGAAUGAUUCUUUUGAUUGGAAAUUUAAUAUUUGCGCAACAGUUCACGGGAAGUGUUUCGAUCAUAACAAAAGACAAAUUUCCGGUCGAAACUUGCCACUCAGAAAAAGAGAUCGAGACGGCGCGAUUUCUGCCGAUUUCCCUACGUUAAAACUGAUUACUUUCUUAACAAAAUCUAUCGCUGUUGUACAAUAAUUUAUACAUUUACGCUAAACCAGCUUUGCCACAAUAUUCUUGAGGUGAAAUUGAAAGAAAUCACACAAUAAUUAUACUUUUACAAGGUAAACAUGGAGGGUAAACAACAAUUAAAUGAGAACUGCUUAGUUGAGGUCGAAAUGGAUUCCCGUAGUAAUUGCUUGUGGACUUAUUUUUCUCCAUGGUUUUCACACGAAUUCAUAUCUUCCAUGGUUGAGGGUAAUAAUGUCAAAAUUACGGAUGUAUUAGGAAAAGAAACCAAGGGUAAAAGGUUAUCCUGCGUUAUCAUCAGUGGAGCUUGACUAAUAUCAAGCUAAUUGUCAAAGCUUGAGAGAACUCUUAGAGUGGUCUGGAUUGCUGCAAGUAAUGUAAAAAAAUUUUUGGCGGAGGAUAUCCAAUGCAUCGAUACAUAUUGCCUUAUUUCAUUUUCCAUGUUUUUUUUUUAAUUAUAGCGCUAAUGAUUUUUUUAAAAUGGAAAUUAUUUCAAUAUCAAACAGAGCUGGAAAGAUAUCAAGAGCAUCUUUCACUAUUAACGAUCAGUUAACUUCAUUUAACAACCUUUUGACGUUAGGUGAACAUAAGUUCACCAUUUUUGUUUAUUUCGUAACGUUUCUUUUCUUGUAUGGGUAAAUCAUUGCUGAUAGUUAAGAGGUAUAUUAUUUGUUUGCUAUUGAAAUAAAACCUUGGAGAAUAAUAGAGUAGUCUUAGUUCUUACUGAGCAACUCCAAGCCUACCCUGGAUAUUCCAUGUCACGUCAGUGAGUUGCAAAAGUAGUUCCGGCUUGAAUGAAUUCACAUCAAGACUUUGUGGGGAUGUUAAUUUGUCUUGAUUUUACAUAUUUAGCACGCACCUGUCCCACGUUUUCAUCACUCUUUGAGUACAUUCUAAAUGCCUUUUUGUUUACUUUAAAUCUCUUUACCAGGUUUCAUACAAGCAUGAGUGAAUCAGUGACUAACAUUGCCAUAAACGCGGUACUUUUCACACUCAUUUCCGUAAACAUCGCAGGAAAUUCUGUUGUGUGUUUGAUCAUUGAGAGAAACCUACACAUGAGGUUAUUACGAUUACCAAUUUAUGAUGUUAACGAUAUUAUGUGAUAAUUUUGCAUUUGAUGAACAAUAACUCGCUAAAGGAAGGAACUUAAGUUCAUCGAUGUAAGCGACAAGAGAAAAAGUUUAUGAUACCUAGGUUGAUUCCUGUACGAAAGGAAAUAACAAUAUUUAUUCCAUUCCGUCCUUACAAUCGGAUUUGCUCUCGACAAUGCGAUAUAGUCACGGAUCGUAUUAUUUUUGUUCUAAAUCGCAGCUUUUCCCCUGUAAUUGAAAAAGGAAAAAUUAACUGAGAAACUAAUCAGAUUUCAAGGCUUAAAAGUAAUGAAAUUGCUAGAAAAUGAAAGACAAAGAAGGCAAAAUAAAAUGGAUGAAUUUCCUACGGUUUUUAAAAAGCGACAAUUUUGCGACUUUAAAACGGAUUUUGUUAUGUGGCAAUUGAGUCUCGCUAUUGACUGUUUUAUCUAUUAUCAUUUCUAUAGGACUCUCAUAAGCUAUCUACUCGUGAACCUGGCAAUUGCAGACAUGAUAUUCGCCAUUUUCAUCGCACCUUCCGUUCUUCUCAGACUUACUUCCUUCCACCCAGAAGGCGUGAUUGCUGCAGGUUUAUGCAAAUUCGUAACAGGUGGAAACGUCGGGUGGAUUGGAGCAGUUUCUUCAAUAUUCAGUUUGAUCGCAAUUGCUGUUGACCGAUAUUAUUCAGUGAUUUAUCCUUUUAGGUGGAACUUGACGAAGCCUAAGUUGAAGGUGUGUAAAGGUUAAUGUUAUUGCGUUCAUAUCAAACCUGCACAACUUCCUUGCGACUUUGAUAAGAUUGUUUGUUAUCUUGGCUAAGAUUCUUAUAGGUAUCUGAAGGUCAUUGAUACACAAUUUAACUUAAUUUAAAAGAAUCAAUCAUCAAUAUGGAAAUAAUUUUUUUGAAGUGAAAUGGUUGAUUUGAUCAACCAUUUCUUCACCGGUGAAAUUUUCUCAGUCGUGUUCAAAUAUGCCGGGAUAACUGUUUCAGGUGAUCGUCCUGGUUUCUUGGAUCUUCUCAGUUGCAUUCAGUAUUCCCAUGUUUCUCACUGCAACCUUCGACAACAAAAAGCAGUUCUGCGUAUGGAAUUGGCCACAGAAGUGGAUGUCAAAGGCUUACAGUGUGGCUUGGUUACUUGUGGUUGUCCUUCCUCUGAUUGUUAUGGCCGGCUUAUACUACAAUGUUGUAAGCGCUUUGUGGUUCAAACCUCUUUCUCGUCAACAGAGGGUAAGGGUUAAGAAAUUAGUUAGCAGGUCUUUCAUAUCAGCUCACUUCAACCAGUGAUCUCCUUUCUUUGCUCUUUGUUAAAUUUUUCUUGGUUUCCUGAGUUUUUUAAAGAAUUUUUUAGCAAUGAGAUAUAAUGUUGGAGAUUCGAGAGUAGAUUACGAUUAGCAAGGACAUCUUUGUCCUAUUUCCUCCUGUGAUUAGAGAUAUUGAGAAAGUGUAAAGCGUCCAGCGAGGACAGAGGGUGGAUGGGUCUGCAGAAGUAAGGCCAUUUUCUUCAUCAAAAAAAAUACACACACACACUCAAAAAUCUUUUCUAAACAAUAAAUCCUUCGCUAACUUAAAAGGAAGCUUAGUCAAGCAGUGGAAUGAAGAGGACAAAAAACAAUUUAUGCUCGAUGGAAACUUUGUCGUCAGCAAGAUGGUGGAAACGGCGAGUUUUGUUGAGCGAAUGAAAUCGAUCAUUUUAUCCCAUAGACACAUCUUGUUACACUGGAUUAAAACUAAGUAUACUUUGUGAUAAUUUGCCUUGUUUAAAAUUGUUUGUUCUUUGGCGUGCUCAAUCAAAGGACCUCUGUAUAUAAUAAUGGAACUACCCAUUAUCAGUAAUAUGGAUGACAAUUACUCACGGUUCAGACAAGUAGUUAACAGAAUUGACUCAUUUUUCUUCCUUCUUUUUUUUUUUGUUUUUUUGAUACAGGGUGUUAACAGAGUGCGGAAACGAGUAACUUUGAUGGUCGUGAUUGUCACUGUCAUUUUUGGGAUCUGCUAUGGAUUCAUGUCAGUCAUCUACGUUUUAAGGAAAUUUGCAUCCUACAACAUUGGCCCUGUCUUAGUCUCCGUUUCUUUCGUAAUGGUGUUGUUCAACUCUGCUGUCAAUCCGUUUGUGUAUGCAUUGUUAAACAGACAGUUUAGAGAGAAAAUUAAGGAAAUGUUGUCCUUCUCCAAAUGCUCGAGAAACCGGGUCAACCAAACUAUAGAAAUUACUUCAGUGGCAUAAUGGCGACAUGAAUUGUUAUUUGAAGGCAAAAAAUAACAAACCCUAUAAUUACUUCAAAACGGAAAUUUACUCAAAUAAAGAAAAUGCAUUACAAGUAACGAAAUUGUAAACUACUUUCCACUCAACUCGAAGAACUUAAUCAAAGUGCUCUAUGAGCAAACUCGUGAAUUGACACAUGAUUUUUUGGAUUAUGUUUAAUGUUAACUGGUUUAGGGAAUUUUUUGGUUGAUUGUCGUAUCUAGAGUACAAGUAGUAGUUCAGUGUUCGCUAAUGUAGCAAAGAAACAAAGUAAUUGAAAUUGAAAUGAUCAUGCUAUUACAUUUGACAAGGGUGAAUGAUGUCAUGUGUUUUAAACGUAUAUCAUUUUUGUUUCUGGUUCAAAAGAAAAGGUUGGCAGUAAUUGUGGGUGAAAAGUGAAAUUUACUGUCUAUCAUUGUAAAAAUUAGAAAAUCAAGGCAAUAACGUCUUGAUGAAAACAUUAACAAUUCCCUCUUUAUCAAAUGAGACAAACGAGAACGAGUUUUGAGUGAUAUAACUAAGCCAAGACUGCCACCGUCAUUUUGGAUCUCCGCCUGGGUAGAUUUUAGUCACGUGUUAGGCAACGUAUAAUCAAUAACAAGAUAGAAUUUCAUUUCAGGCCUAUUUACCAAUUUUGUGGUGUAUAACUUCCACAUUUUCGUACGUAAUACGUAUUAUGAAUCUUCAAAUUGUCUUGAAACUUACAAGAAGAUUUUUCGUUAAAAAUUCACUGAAAAUCGCUGGCUAUGAUUUUCGUGUUAACUUGUAAUUUUGUCAGUCCCCGGCAUCUUUUGUUGCUUCACACAGGAAAAACACACGAUACGAAACGUAAUGAUCGAUUUUGUCCUCAAUCUCACGCUAUAACAGAAAAAGCUUUUGAACAUCUGCAAACUCCGUGCGCUUCGCAGUAAGUGAUAUUUUCAAUGAAUCUUCCGAUUGUUUUCAAGUUCAAGGAUUGUGAAUUACAAUUUUAUGAAAAACGAAGGUUGUUCUGUUAUUUUAGUGUGAAUCCUUGCAUGCCUGCCAGUCGCUAGCGCUGCUUGUUGAAACUAAAACGAAAAAAAAACUCUUUUAAGAUUAUCAUUGGCUUCUUUUUCACCCCACCACUAUUCUUAGCAACAAAGGUCGCCAUUUUGUUUGUUUAUUGCUCGCCAAAAACUAUCAAAUGCACUCAAAAGCCUAAAAUAAAAAGAGCGAGCGAGCGAGCGAGCGAAUGCUAUUCCCCACAUCGUAUCUAUAACUCGCUCUUGCGCAUGCGCGCAAUUUACGAGUUAAAAAUGGAGUCGAUGCAAUUAAUGUACAUACAUGAGAGUGUGAAUGAAACGGUGUAGUGUACCUAUCAAACAUCGCUGACUCUGUUGAAACUGCAAACUGACAAAGUCGAAAAUCUGGAUUAAGAGUUGGGAAAAAAGCAACAACAAUAAUAAGAAUUCAGAUAUACAGCUAGAUGGAAUAAUUUUCAUUGCAUAACUGUUACCCAACAACCUCCUCCGGCUAGACAUCUUUGUGUGUCUUACGCAUAAAGGAAAUAAAUCUUUGAAGUUUCGUUCUUGGACCGUUUUGUUAUGAUAAUCUUUUAAAAUAAUAUUGCAGCGGCUAGUUAGUUUCGUUCCGAUUCUAUCUCUUCCUUGCUUGAGCAUUUACGACGACGGUAAGAUUUAUACGUUUUUCCUUCUUUCUUAUUUAUUUUCUUUGUCUAUAUAAUAUAAAUAUAAAACUAUAAUAGUGUCACUAUGGUUAUUUCGUUAGGUCAAUUAGUAAUUUCUUGAACAAGGGAAAUGCCAAAUAUUUAGCUUGUCAUUACGUUGUCUAGAUAACUCAAUUUCCGGUGUCAUAUUGCAUAGACCUGCUGAAGCCCUACCAGGGGAGUAAACGCGAUUGCUGUGUAGGUUUGUCAAUGACCCAGAAAGGAAGGCUCAGUAAGCGGUAUAUUGAUAAAUGUCUCAAUAUUUAUUAGUGCCAGUGGAGAAUCAACGUUGAGAAUUUAUUCAUUUGUUUUCUCUUUGAGAAGCAAUUAUAUUAUUGUUAAUUUCACGCAGUGGGCUUCUAUAGUGGUGUUGAAUUACAAAAAUUGUUGAUAAGCUCCCUAGGUUCGUCUGUUUGUCAAUAAGGGAAAGGAAGCUUUUGAGUCAGUCUCUGUGACUUAAUAAAUGCGGCUUAAUCGGUUAUCAAUUUCAGGUCUUUAAAGGUCGCGUAGCAAACUUUUUCGAGAACUAAUUUUAAUUUCAUCGAGAACGAUUAGUUUUUAUAAUUUGUUUUGUAAUGUUCUUUUGUACUGUUUGCUGUUGGUUCUGACUGCUAAGGAUGGAUUUAGUUGAAGCAUGAAAAUAUAUUCAGCAGCUGUUUCGUGAUAAGCACGUAAUUACAUGGUUAGUUUCGUAUGUCAAACUUCCUGUUUACAGAUAGAAUUCCAAAAUUCUAUGUCCGAUUUUUAGCAACGGUAUUAGGGCCGAUGGUGUGCCGGCUUAAAAGCUUCAAUUAUGAAAAGCGAUAAGAAAAUUUAACGAAUUUCGAUCGUAUCUGUUACAUUCCCGGACAGUAUCAACAAAAUUUCGGAGUUGUCUGACGGGCGAGAAUUUCACGUGGAAACUCCACUGACUGUGGUCACGUUUUCGAGGUCACGAUGUAGGUGUCUGUGUAAGAUAUAUUUUAUGCUUAAACUGUUAAUAAACCUCUGUCUUACCUUUUCCUUGUAAGAGGAAGCACUUUCCUUUAGUUGAAAAGUUUGUGUACGCUGAAACAGAAAAUAUCUGCAGUAUUCUGAUAUUCCGUGACUACAUUCCCUUUGAUUGACUUGCAUUGGCACGUUAUACCGUUAAUAACAGCCAAUCCAAAGCCCAAGGAUUCACAGAAUUGUCACAACGCAACGGAGACAAGCUAUUAUAGACCAAAGCCGCAGAAAGGUAAGAUUGUAACGUAAGAUUUAGGUUCCCUUUCGAGCUCAGUCAGUCUCCUAGACGCUAUUGGAAUUAAACCACCCAGGGCCAUCCGAGUGAUUUAAUUAAAUGCUAGAGGAAGGUCAAUAAUUGAUACAACACUUCCGUUGUCUUAAUUAUCUUCUAUUUUAUUUUAGGCUCACCAUGAUUACAAAACUAAUAUUACAGUAUUUCAGCAAUUAAUUGAAACAUAAGGAUAUAUAAAGUACUGUUGACGUAGUGCUCUAGACACCAUAUUCUCAAUUUUUAAAGAUCUGUUUUUAGUGUUCGACAUUAUUGUUCAGUGAAACGAAAAAUGGUUCACAAACUGAAAGAUUACGAUCAAUGGUUUGUGUAUAGCAAUGUUAUACUGGUUAUGACAAAGCCUUGUUUCAAUUUUCGCGAUUUUUUGAGACUUCCGCUGUUUAUUAUUUAAACCAGCUAUAUCUUUAUAACUGAGUCAAUAUUGAAGUGACCACAAAACGAACAGUGCGAAAAAGACUGGAAAAACCUAAACAAGUAAGUUUUCUUUAACAUUUUUCAUUAAAAUCAUUUUUUAGUUUCAAACGUUACUUCAAAAAUUUAACUUUAUGAAUUGCUGAAAACUGAAAAAUAUAUAUAAUAUACCAAAUCACGUUUUUCAAUACAUCUAAACCUCUGUAGAGUUGUAAAUAAAUACGAAGCUUGCAGGAUUAAAGUGGGCAAGCCACUUUUGAAAAUUGUUGCUUUAACUCUGUUUAAAUACCUUUUUUUUUUUGCCUCUUCAGUUCCGGUGAUCAGCGGUAA